AAAGAGAUUAGCAAAUACUCACUUCCUCCUGUAGUGUUUUAGUGCCCUCAGCACACAGUUCAGAAACCACAAUCACACAACAACAGACACUGAUACACGCACUGAUUUAUUCAGAAUCAAAAAAGCUCGCUCGUUCUGUUCUUUUAGUCACAGUUUGUAAUGCUUUAAGGGACAUUAAAUGUCCUGUAAGGUAGUAAACAUCAAGGAGACAUUUAUUAGAAGGUAUGCUACAUUGAAAGGCAUUACAUCAAGUUCUACAUUCUCGACCUGUUAAUGAGGAAAUGUAGCUUUUGUCAAGUCUGAUGCUUUAAUGAUAAUGGGGCAAUGCAAAAUGGGAGGGGAAGAUGUGAAAGGGAGGAAGAACAUGAAGUUAAAGAGUAAAUCUUUCCAUCAUUAACUGACAGGACAUGCCUCCACCUAUCCUUCACUUCACUUUUUCUUUCUAGAGGAACUCAACAACUGUGGUCUUCCACACAAGACACGUUUCUCAAAGACACAGCAUGCAUAUGGGCUCCAGCUUGAGAUGUAUUGCAAAGUGAAGAAAAGGCAUCUGCAACCCCUAAAGACUCUCUUUGUUUUAUUCCUGACCAUCAGCAUUAUCUACAGGUGGUUGCAGGUGGUUGAUAAACAACAAAAACAUCUCAAUCGCAGCAAUGCAUCACUCCCAAACAAUAUCACAAUCCUGUUGUGGUACUGGCCGUACGGUACCCGGUAUAGCCUUGCGGGAGAUGUGUGUCUGAGGGACUAUGGCAUCACUGGAUGUGUGCUAGGGGACAAUCGCACUCUCUAUGAAAGUGCCGAUAUAGUGGUUUUUCAUCACUUUGAGCUAAAGCUGCAUAAACAGCACCUUCCAGUGAAUUUCCAUCGGUCCGCCGAACAGAGGUGGGUAUGGCUUUCUUUAGAAGCUCCACAAAACAACGGCGACUUGUCGCAAUACAACACCCUUUUCAACCUCACCAUGUCAUAUCACCCUCAAGCUGACAUCACUGUGCCCUAUGGAAAGCUGUUACAAAGAAGGAAACCAGACUUAGACAUUGUUGUACCAAAAAACAAGAGUUUUGAAGCCUGUUGGGUGGUUAGCAACUACCAAAAAUGGCACAAAAGGAGUGCAGUGUUCCAAGAGCUAAACCAGAACCUCAAUGUGCAACUGUAUGGCCUUGCCGCCAGAAAACAUCUACCAAAGGAGGCUCUGCUUCCAACGAUUUCACGCUGUUAUUUCUACCUGGCCUUUGAAAACACACAGUCUCCACACUAUAUCACUGAGAAGCUCUGGAGAAACGCUUUCCAGGCUGGGACUGUGCCUGUGGUGCUCGGACCACCACGCAGAGACUAUGAAGCUGUGGCGCCUCCAAAUUCCUUCAUCCAUGUGGAUGAUUUUAAAUCUAUUAAAGCCCUGGCUGAGUAUUUGAGAGGCCUAACUAAAGAUCCAGAAAAGUAUAAUGCAUAUUUUACCUGGAGAAAACACUAUACAGUUAAAUUAUAUACAGACUGGAGAGAGAGACUGUGCAAUAUCUGUCCCAUCUACGGACAAUUUCCAACUCAAAAGGUUUAUGAGGAUUUGAGAGUGUGGACAAAAUGGUAACUUAACAGCCAGCUGACAUUUGUACCUAAAAUAUAUAGCGCUUUUCUAGGCACUCAAAGUGCUUUACAUUGUGAGAGGGGGAUCUCCUCAUCCACCGCCAGUGUGCAGCAUCCACCUGGAUGAGACGCAAGACAUAUUGAUCCAGAACACCCACCAAACACCAGCUUAUUGGCCAAUCAGAAUAUGGGAAUUGUUAGAAGGCCAUGAAGAUCAGAGGCCAAGGGACAAAUUUGGCCAGGACACUGGGGUUUACCCCUACUCUUUUUCGAAGGACAUCCUGGGAUUUUUAAUGACCACAGAGGGUCAGGACCUUGGUCUUAUAAGAACGACGAUGAUGCUUUUUUAACAGUAUAGUGUCCCCAUCAAAAUACUGGGGCACUAGGACCCAAACAUACCACAGGGUGAGCACCCCCUGCUGGGCUCACUAACACCUCCAGCAGUACCUGGUUUUUCCAGGAGGUUCCCCAUACAGGUACUGACCAGGCUCUGCCCUGCUUCGCAAAAGUGGGCAACCAGUCUCGGGACACAGGGUGAUAUGGCUGGAGAUGCAUGUUCAAAGUAAAAAAAAAAACAUCCAUGUAGUGCAAGUUUACAUGCAAUGGUGUAGUGCCCCAUUCCUCAAAUCUUACCCUGGAGGUCCAAUGCACUGCAGUGUUUAGCUCCAACCCUGGUCACCUGUCUGGGAUUCUCUAAUGAUCCCAAAGACAUUAACUGGCAUUGAUUAGUAUGCUCAUGCGUGUUUGAUUAGGGUUAGAGCUAAACUCUGCAGGAAAGUGGAUCUCGCGGUCCAGAUCUGAGGAUCCCUGGUGUAGUGGGAUUGAAUUUUUUUUGAAAGCUGCAUUUUUCAACAGUCUUCUGCAACGUAAACUGUGUUUUUUUAAAAGUAAUCUCAUUCAAACUACAAUGCAAAUAUGGCUAUAUAGAAUGAUUAAAAUAGUGGAAAAACUGUGGAAAAAGUGCAGCGGAGAGCAUAA